AUGUUUCCAGACUUCGACGACCUUCCAGAGGUUGCCCGCUGCCCCAAAGGGUGCAUUUGGGGGUUUUAUGACCGAGAUGGUGUGAAGGAUCAGGUUGGAUCUGUCGUUAAAGCGGCAAGCUCCGAGAUUGAAACUGGACGCCACGUUCAACUAGAUUGGCCUCUAGAAGCUCUCAAGUUCCCCGGUUUCGGUCGGAGAACCAUCAACCAGAAGGUCAUAGAUUCGUCAGCAACACUCAACGAAUAUGCGCUCGAUGACGAGUUACAUCUCAACACUCAAAGUGGUUCGCAAUGGGAUAGCCUGAAACAUGUAGGCGCCUUCAAUCAAAAAUCGUUUGAAUUCUCAGCUGACCAGAAGUGCUCAGCCAAGACAUCCGACAGAAAUGGAAUUCACAGUAAGCCUUAG